AUGUAUUAUCGUGACAGCCGUGUUGAUGAAUGUAAUGAUGAUUGGAAGAAAUUGGCAAAUAUGGAUGAUACUAAACAAGAAUUUAUAUUUCCGCCACUUGGGAUUAAGCCAAAAGUUUUUGUCAAUCACCAUUUUGGUCCAAAUUCUAAACUUCCUAUGGCUCAAUUCAACAAAGGUACAACAACGUUAGCAUUUCAUUACAAACCGAAGACUCCGAAUGACAAAGGCGGAGUUGUGAUUUCUGUCGACUCUAGAGCUUCUGGUGGAAGCUUUAUUAUGUGCAAGGACGUCAAUAAGAUUUUGCCAAUUAAUGAAAGAAUGGUUGCAACAAUGGCUGGUGGUGCUGCCGAUUGUCAAUAUUGGAUUAGUGUAGUUACUAGAUAUUGCAAGUUUGGUUCGAUGGUUGCCGGUUAUGAUCAUAAAGGGCCCUCCAUUUAUUUGGUUGACAGCUCUGGAAUGCGUUGUAAAGUGCCCGAUUUUGUUUCUGUUGGUUCUGGGUCAUUAAAUGCUUAUGCAGUUUUGGAUAGCCGUUAUAAAGAGGAAAUGACAGAUGAGGAGGCUAUAAAGCUGGGGAGAGAAGCAAUUAUGCAUGCAACCUAUAGAGAUUCUGGUUCUGGAGGAUCUAAUCAGGUGCUUCUUAUUACUAAAGAAGGUAAAACGAAAUUUCCACUUAUGGAUGUUAGCGAUAUGUAUUAUGACUUUGCUAAAAGUAAAGGAAUUGAUAUCUACAAGUUAAUGGAUAAAAUGAAUUAA